AUGGAGGAUGUAAAAGACCCGCCGACCGUCCACCGGUCCUCCUCCUUCAGCAUCAAGAGCCUCCUGCUGCCCUCCAAGUGCGACAGAGCCGACUCCGGUGCCGCAGCCGCCGGGAUCCUCGCGACCUUCUCCCCCUCCCCGGGCUCCGACUCGGACAAGUCUCUGGACCCCCCGGAGGUGGACUCCACGGCCGGGGCUCUGGACCCGGACAAACCGGGCAAGGAGGAGCACUUGGACGAGGAGGGGGACGGAGGAGGAGGAGAAGAGGUGGACGGUGCCAAGCCGACGCAGGAGCAGAACAGCACCGGUACCAACAACACCGGGAAAAACGGGAAAUAUGACAAACCUCCGUUCAGCUACAACGCGCUGAUCAUGAUGGCCAUCCGGCAGAGCCCCGAGAAGCGGCUCACCCUCAACGGCAUCUACGAGUUCAUCAUGAAGAACUUCCCGUACUACCGGGAGCACAAGCAGGGCUGGCAGAACUCCAUCCGCCACAACCUCAGCCUCAAUAAGUGCUUCGUCAAGGUGCCCCGGCACUACGACGACCCGGGCAAGGGCAACUACUGGAUGCUGGACCCCAGCAGCGACGACGUGUUCAUCGGGGGAACCACCGGGAAGCUCCGGCGGCGCUCCGCCACCUCCCGGGGCAAGCUGGCCAUGAAGCGGGGGCUGCGCUUCGCUCCUCUCGGGCUGGGGAUGAACGAGCGGGCGAACAACCCGCUGUACUGGCAGAUCUCUCCGUUCCUGUCGCUGCACCAUCACCACCACCACCACCCGCACUACAACGGCUCCACGCCCGGCUUCCUGAACCAGGCUGCGGGCUACGGGUCGCUGCUGCCCGCGGUGGAGCAGCUGGGCACCGGGGACCUGGGGCGCUCCAUCCUCGGCGGGUCCGCGGGAGCGCUGGGCCUGACGAACGGUUACGGGAUGAGCACGUCGCCGGUCGGGCUGCUGUCCGGGCAGACGACCGGGUACUUUGUCUCGGGGACUCAGCACUCCUCAGCCCCGGGUGGAGGAGGAGGAGGAGGAGGAGGACCACCGCACCUCCAGCAGGGAGGACCGGGGUACGGCGGCCUGGCCUCCGGCAGCUCGCCGCAGUCCCUGCUCUCAGACUCCCUCAGAAACAGCUCCAUACCGGCCUUCUCCCCGGGCAUGUCCGCGGGCUUCCCCGGGAUGCUGUCCCAUCAAAAGAGGGUGACCCCCAACGCUUUCCUAAACUGA